AUGGCCGACGACAUCGAUUCCAUUGUCAAGGGCGCCCCCGUCAGUGCGGCAAACAUCAAGACCACAUCCGGCCCGACCCCCAUCGCACCCGCCGGUGGCAAGCAGGGCGACCCUCUCAACCACGCGCCGAGCUCUCCGUCCAUGGUCUACCUGAACCUCCUCAUUCUCGAGGCUUCCCUGCGAGCCCAAUUCCUCGAACUUCGGGCUAGAAGACGCCACCAUACGUUCUUCCUGAUGCUGCUGACGCUGUGGGUCGCCUUCUUUGGCUACAAGCUGUACUUUGCCCCUCGCGAGGACGGCCGCGGCGUCGGAGGCUCCAUCUAUUGGGCAUUGGAAGGUGCUCAGAAGGUGUGCUUUAUGGGCGGCAUCAUCACGGCUAUUUUGGUCUGGGGAACCGGCAUCUGGGACCGCGGCAUCCGUUGGCCGCGCCGGUGGUUCGCAAUAUCAAACAGGGGCCUGCGUGGCUUCAACUGCAAGCUUGUCAUCAUACGCCGUCCGUGGUGGGCCGAGGCUCUGUCGACAAUUGGUUUCUUCCUGACGUAUGGCCUGUUUUCGCACACGGCAAGCUCGUCAUACCGCCAUGUCGAGCCUUGGCUGUUGCGGGAGACGGAAAGGGAGCUCCAGCUGUCUGCCGAGGGCCAUCCAAUGCUGGUGCUUCCACACGACGACGAGGAAAAAGGUGGGCAUGAGGAGGACCUGGCCCCCGGAGGUGACUACGUCAAGCUUCUCCUACUACCCAAGCCAUUCUCACCGACCUUUCGAGAAAACUGGGAACUGUAUCGCACCGAAUAUUGGGAGAGGGAAAACGAGCGACGCGCACUGUUACGGAAAAAGGUCAAGGGACAUGAUCGCAGCAUGGCCAAGCAGGCAUACGGUUGGUUGUGGUGGCUGCCAUGGAGGCAAACUCCCCAGCGCAAACCUCAGUCACACAAGACUCUGCCCCCCCCCCCGCCACUCCAGCAGCGAGAAAGUGCGAAGGAAUCGCGGCGGCAGCGUACGCCGUCCGUCAACAAGCUCGUCCCGAAGUCAAACACCCACAUUGGACUUGGACGAUGGCCAACUCGGCCGCCGUCCCAGCUCUGCGUCAGAAAAGCGCCGGAAGAAGCAGUCGUCUAUUUCCAUGUCCAAGUCGAAACGGUCCGGAACGGAUUCCCGUUCAGUCACGCCAGAAGCACCGUCACCCCUGACAAAGGAGGCCACCAUUUCCACUGA